UCUAUUUAUUUCUUCUCAUUCUAAAAAACUUUACAAUGUUAAAGUCAUUAGCAAUAUUCGUUCUCAUUUUGUGCACCAUUCUUGUUGUAACUCACGCCCGAGUUAUCCAACCAAAUGAUGCCAAAACAAUACAUAACACUUGCUUAGAGACUCCAAAUUAUGAGGAAUGUAAGAAAUACCUAACUGAUGAUCCGAAAAGCUCCACCGCAGAUGUGAGUGGUUUAGCACAGAUCAUGGUUAAUGUAAUGAAAGACAAAGCAAACAUUGGUUUAAACAAAAUCAAUCAACUUAUCGAAAGUAGUUCGCCCGAUCAAAAGACGGCACUUAAAUCAUGUGCAGAUAAAUACAAUGUAAUUAUCACAAUAGAUGUUCCACAAGCAACCGAAGGUUUGCAGAAAAGAAACCCUAAGUUGGCGAUGGAUAGUGCAGUUGAUGCCUCUAAAGCAGUUUCUUCUUGUGAGAAGGGAUUCUCUGGAAAAUCACCACUCACGACUGAAAACCUUGUUAUGGAUCGUGCAUCCACCAUAACAGCACAUAUUUGUAGACAAUUGGUUUAGGUGGUUAAUCAAAAUGUUCGAUAUGAAAUUGAUCAUUUAAUAAAUUAAAAUUAUAUCUUA